CGUCUUGCGCGAUUAGUCGCAAGUGGAAAACAGGCUUUAAUCACAGCUAACCAAAGAUAAGGUUAGUCAAGCAUUUUCAAUUGUAACUAUGGAAACCAUUAGUUGACAUCAUUGACGUUACUAUGUAACGAAACCGAGACCUGGUGCUAUUACGUAUAAGCAUUAUGAUAUAUUUAUUCAGCUUUUCGUUUAUUAAAUUAUGUCCAUAAAUUUCAAUGAGAGAAAGAGAGAGAAAGAGAUAAAAAUUUCAAUGAAAGAAAAUAUAUAUACUGUAAACUUAUAAAAUUAUGUCAUAUAUUUUAACAAAUAUAGUAUAUUUGCUAAAAAAUAAAAACAAUCUUAUUUAUGUCUAAAAUGUGGAAUUAUUUUAAUAUUAUAAUUGAUAUUAACUCAUAAAUAUCUUGAAUAUGGAGAGAUAUAUAGUCACAGGGAAAAUUGGAAAAGGAGCACAAGGUAUUGUUUUAAAAGCGCAUGAUGUGGAAACAGAAAAGGAUGUUGCAUUAAAAAAGUUGUUCUUAAAGAAUAUUGAUAAUGGUAUAUCCAUAUCUAUUAUUCGAGAAAUAAAAAUUUUACAACAAUUAAAACAUCCCAAUGUCAUAGAGUUAUUAGAUGCUUUCCCUACUGGUUUGGAUUUUAUAAUGGUAUUUGAAUAUAUGCCGACAGGUCUAUGGGAAAUAAUAAGAGACAAUGAUAUAUUAUUAACUCGAGUUCAAAUAAAAAUUUAUACAAAAAUGAUUUUAGAGGGCAUUGCAUAUAUACAUGGAAAAAAUAUAAUACAUAGAGACUUAAAACCUGCUAAUUUACUGAUAAAUGAAAAAGGUAUUUUGAAAAUUGCUGAUUUUGGUUUAGGAAGAUUAUUGUGGAAGAAUGUAACAAAACCAUAUUCUCACCAAAUUGCCACUAGAUGGUAUAGAGCACCUGAAUUAUUAUAUGGUGCACGAUAUUAUACAUCAGCAAUUGAUAUGUGGUCUAUUGGAUGCAUUUUUGGUGAAUUAUAUAACAGAUCACCAUUAUUUCCUGGAGAGACAGAUAUUGAGCAGUUAGCAAUAGUUUUAAAAUAUUUAGGUUCUCCUACAUCAGAAACGUGGCCAGAUUUAAGUAUAUUACCUGAUUAUAAUAAAAUUACAUUUCCAUACCAUAAGGGAAUAUCAUGGGAUGAAAUUCUUGAAGAUACUGAACAAGAAGCUCUUGAUCUAAUUAGUAAAAUUCUUAUUUACAAUUCAUCACAACGUCUGACAGCUGAUGAAGCAUUACAACAUCCAUAUUUCCAUAUUAAACCAUAUGUUUCUUCAAAACAUUUGAUAAAGCCACAAAUUAGUCAUCGCUAUCAAAUAAAGCAGAAAGAAAUUAAUACAGACAUUCAAGCUACUACCCUUUUUAAAAAUCUGUUAACUAUUAUAUAAUAAAUGUUCAUAUUAACAAAGUACACAUAUAAUUAAUAAAACAGAAAUAUAUACA